AUGUCUGGAUCAGGAGGCCACCGAGCUCGUGGCUCCGACGAGUACAACGUCUACGAUGACGCGAAAACGUACUAUGGCUCUGCAGAUCGCCACAACAAUCGCUUUGGAUCUCGCACGAGAACCUAUUCCCAGAACAGUCUUUUCAAGCAGUUUGAGAGAGUUGGCCUUAAGGAGCCUUUCCGAAGAGGCAGCCAUGACGAGAACAACAGUCAAUCCGGACGUCGAUUCCUGAUCCAGGUCGAUUCCACUCUCGAGAACCUACAAGCCCAGGAAGAUACCGAUGGCAACAUGCAAAUCACAAUCGAAGACAGUGGCCCCAAGGUCAUCUCUUUGCGAACAGCUGGCUCAGCAGGCCACAAUCGCUUCGAUGUCCGAGGAACAUAUAUGCUAUCGAACCUGCUUCAGGAGUUGACACUGGCUAAGGAAUAUGGACGCAAGCAAAUUAUCCUCGACGAAGGUCGUCUCAACGAGAACCCCGUUGAUCGACUGUCCAGGCUUAUCCGUGAUCACUUCUGGGAGGGUCUCACCCGCCGUAUCGAUGCCUCAAGCAUUGAGAUUGCUGCUCGUGACCCCAAGGAUUGGACCGACAACCCUCGACCCCGAAUCUACGUCCCGGUUGGCGCGCCCGAACAGUUUGAGUAUUACAAGAAGGUGGCAGCUGAUCGACCAGAGAUCAAUCUGGACGUCCAGCUACUUCCCGAGAAGAUCACGCCCGAAUUGAUCAGAGACAUGAACGAUGCACCCGGCCUGCUUGCUGUCGCUGUAGACAAGGUCACGGAUGAGAAUGGCGAGACAACGCUUAAGGGCCUGCCUUUCGUUGUUCCUGGUGGCCGUUUCAACGAGCUUUAUGGUUGGGACAGUUAUAUGACAUCUUUGGGUCUUUUGGUCAACGGCAGGGUUGAUUUGGCCAAGGCUAUGGUUCUCAACUUUUGUUUCUGUAUCGAGCAUUAUGGCAAGAUUCUGAACGCCACACGGUCUUAUUAUCUUGGCCGAUCUCAACCUCCUUUCUUGACCGAUAUGGCGUUGCGCGUGUAUGAAAAGAUCAAGCACGAGCCCGAGUCUCUGGAGUUCCUGCGCCGCUCCAUCCUGGCUGCGAUCAAGGAGUAUCACAGUGUAUGGAUGAGCGAACAGCGCCUGGACCCUGUCACCGGCUUGUCUGUCUACUGCCCUGAAGGUUUGGGUGUCCCUCCUGAGACCGAGGCUAGCCACUUCGUCCACAUCCUUGACCCAUAUAUCAAGAAGCACAACAUGGAGUUCAAGGAAUUUGUGAGGGCUUAUAACUAUGGAGAAAUCAAAGAGCCCGAGCUCGACGAGUAUUUCAUGCAUGAUCGAGCAGUUCGAGAGUCUGGCCAUGACACAAGUUACCGUCUUGAAGGUGUUUGUGGCCACUUGGCGACGAUUGAUUUGAACUCGCUUCUUUUCAAGUACGAAACAGAUAUUGCCAGAACCAUCCGCAGUCUGUUUGAUGACAAACUUGUUGUGCCCGCCGAGUUUGCCGCCGGAACACCGUACAAACCUGGCGAGGUGCUCUCUUCUGCGGCUUGGGACAGACGUGCCAAGCGCCGCAAGCUUACCAUGGAUAAGCUGAUGUGGAAUGAGCAGGAGGGCAUGUUCUUCGAUUACAAUGUUAAGAAGCAGGAGCGGUGCACGUAUGAGUCCGCGACCACCUUGUGGGCUCUCUGGGCUGGCAUUGCAUCGCCUAAGCAGGCGGUCGAUCUAGUGAAGAAGGGUCUGCCGAGAUUUGAGGCCUACGGAGGCCUUCUCUCUGGAACGGAGAAGUCUCGGGGAGAGGUCGGCCUGAAGCGACCUAACCGGCAAUGGGAUUACCCAUACGGCUGGGCACCGCAACAAAUCCUCGCCUGGACCGGGCUGCUCCGCUAUAGCUUCACGGAUGAGGCUGAACGGCUCGCCUACAAGUGGCUGUUCAUGAUUACAAAGGCCUUUGUGGACUUCAAUGGCGUUGUAGUGGAGAAGUACGAUGUGACGCGACCCGUAGACCCCCACCGAGUUGAUGCAGAGUACGGUAAUCAGGGGCUCGACUUCAGAGGAGUCGCGAAGGAAGGAUUCGGCUGGGUGAAUGCAAGCUACGUUUAUGGCUUGCAGAUUGUCAAUGCUCACAUGAGACGGGCAUUGGGCACCUUGACGCCGUACCCGACCUUUAUCAAAGCGAUCGAGGCCAAUGAUGAGAAGGCAUUGGCCCAGCUCGGCCUUCCUGAAAAUGAGUAA